AUGGAUCUGUAAAAGACUAGACAAUAGAUUUGCCUGGGACUUCUCACAGUGCACUAAAUAAAACUUUUGUAGACCUUAUUUAAAAUGAUAAUGAUGAGUACUUAGAUGAAUCCAGUAAAACUGAAGAGCAGCAGGCUCAAGAAAAAAAUCCAGAAGAAACAUUAGGAUUAAUCACUCUUUUUAUACAAUCCAGCUGAUAGUGUACCGAACCCCAAUUUUGAGCUCCUCUCAGAUAAUAUCUAUAAUCAGAUAUUUAAUUAUAAAGAACCUUUGAAUAAAUAAAUGCCAACUAAUCAACCAACUAUAAGAAAUGAAUAAUAGCUCCCAAGUUCGUUAAAAUAUUCUAAGAAAAAUUCUGAUAAUCUUUCAUAAAACCCUUUCCCGAUUGCUGCAGAUCCCUCUCCUCAUUUGAGAGAAAGUAUUAAUGAUAAUACAGGUCGUAAAUCUUUCACAAAUAAUAAUGUCAAACCCAAAAAUCUAACUUCACAAAGCUCAAUGAUAGGUGCUCAAUUCUAAACUUAAUAGGCUAAAAAUUAGACACUAGGGCCAAUUAGUGGAGAUUCCUCAGUCUUAAAUUAAUCAAAAAAUGCUAUCUAGUAUUAAUCUUAAAACUUUGAAAUUACUAAUCAAUUAAUGAAUAAAAGACCAAAUUAAAGAAAUUCUACUCUGGUAAAGAAGGAAACUGGCAAGAUUUCAUCCUUAAUACCAAAUGAUGAGGUUAAUAUUUCUAUUAAGAACAAUAAGAUGCAAAUUAAUCGUUAAGACAGCUCAACUCUUUCAUAAAGUAUUAAUACUUAUAAUAAUAUGUCCUCAACAUCCACUAAUAUAAGCAAGUAAAGAAAACUCAUAACUGGAGUUCAGAUACAAGACAUGAAAGAAGAACAGAAGCGAAGCAGUUUUUUUCAUGAAAGAAAGAAAUCGCAAGCCCCUAAGCUUUAGCUAGGAGGUAAUUUUUCCACCCAUAGUCAUCAAUAAUAACAACAAAAUUUGAUAAAUUAAAAAAGAAAGUGA